UCGUGCCAUCGGCGUUACAAUCCGUGAAACGAGCCGGCGUAUGCCUUAGCUAUUGUAAUUAACAGUUUUGAAGGUACUGGCUCUAAAGAUGGUGGAAUUUGAGGCUGGGGAUAUUACAGAAGAGGAGGCUGCCCUGUAUGACAGACAGAUCCGUCUUUGGGGACUGAAUGCACAGCACAGGCUGCGCUCCGCCCGCGUGCUCCUGGUCCACGCCGGCGGUCUGGGCGCCGAGGUGGCCAAGAACCUGAUCCUGGCUGGCGUCAAGUCGUUGACCCUGAUGGACUCGGCCGAGGUCACAACCGCAGACGCCGCCUGCCAGUUCUUCGUGCCCACCGACCAGCUGGGUGCCAAUCGUGCCGAGGCGUCCCUGGAGCGCGCCCAGCGACUGAACCCGAUGGUGGCGGUCAGGGCGCUGACGACACCGGCCGCCGAGCUGACCCAGGAGGAGGUCAGCCGCUACGACGUGGUGGUGGCCACCGGCUGCCCGGACGCCGAGCUGGAGCGGCUGAACGCGCUCUGCCGGCGCUGCGGCCUGCUCUUCUUCGCCGGCGACGUGUACGGCUUCUACGGCUUCAUGUUCGCCGACCUGGGCCUCCACGAGUUUGUUGAGGAGAUACCGUUGCCGGCGCGAAAGCCGGGGGAGCCGGAGCACAAGCGUCAGCGCUCAGAUGUGGAGUGUCGCACCGUGAAGCGCAGCUUGCAGUUCCGUCCGAUAGAUGUCGCACUCAGCAUUGACUGGACCACCGCUGAGCGGCAACAAACCUUGAAAAGAACCUCCAGUAUCUUUUUCGUCAUCCGUGUGCUGCAGGCGUUCCGGGCGGAACAGGGCCGCCGGCCUCUGCCGGGCAGCGCCGCCGCCGACGCCGCCCACUUGCUGCGGCUGCGCUCAGACGUGGCCGGCCGGCUGGGCGUGCCGGCCGACAAGAUCGGCGAUGAGUUCACCAGCCUGUGUCUGGGCGAGCUGAGCCCCGCCUGUGCCGUGGUGGGAGGCGUUCUCGCUCAGGAGGUCAUCAAGGCGCUCAGCCAGAAAGACAAGCCACUCAACAACUUCUUUCUCUUCAACGGCCGCAACAGCGAAGGCGUCGUGGAGAACAUCACAGCCUAGUACGAGUCUUCCUCUCAUUCAUCUGCUUAGGUUCUGAUCGGCCUGUCGCCCGACCGCCAAGCAACAUGCCCAUUUUAUCACAAUACACUGUCAGACAUUCUA